AUGUGCGAUGCUGGUGGUGUGGACGGAGUUGAAGCCAGCUUCGAUGCAAAACUGCACCAGCGAUACUUCAGGAAGCUCCUGCAAGGCGCUCCCGGAUCGCUGCAAGGGCUGGACAGCAACCGAUGCACCAUCGCGUACUUUUGUGUCUCGGGCCUUGACGUGCUCAAUGCACUCACGGGGGAAGACAAGGAGCAAGUUUGCGGGUGGAUGAUACGGUUGCUCAUCGACAAUGGAGGGAUGAUACUGACAAAGCUUGUCCUGGCAGAGCCCGGGGGGUUUCGAGGUUCUACUUUCUUCAGAUCUGACGCCGACAUCUGUAAGCUCUGGGACCUGGGGCAUCUUGCCAUGUCGUACACGGCUCUUGCCACGCUUGUCAUCUGUGACUACAACAUCCAAACCCUCGAUCGCAAGGGGAUUCAACAGAUGGUUCGCAAUUGUCAAGGAGAGGAUGGGAGUUUCUGUGCACACCACGGCGGGGAGGCUGACCUUAGGUUCUCGUACUGCGCUGCUGCCAUCUGCUUCAUGCUGGGCGACUUCUCCUGCAUUGAUCGCGAGAGGUCUGCCUCGCACAUCCUGUCGUGCCAAACGUACGAAGGCGGGUUCGGUCUGGCUCCUGGUCUGGAAGCCCACGGGGGAUCGACGUACUGUGCUGUUGCCGCACUGAAGCUCAUGGGGUACCUCGAUACGAUGGAUGCCUCUCAACGCAACAAUGUAGUCCGAUGGUGCCUCAAGAGGAUGGUGUCUGAAUCCGGAGGCUACCAAGGUAGAUGCAACAAAGUCAGCGUUCUCAAACAGGAUUCGUGCUACUCCUUCUGGAUAGGAGCUUCGCUCGACAUACUGGGGUCUGCUCAUUUCUCCGACUCUUCAGCAAUCCGAAGGUUUUUGUGCAAGUGCGAAAAUAAGACGUUUGGAGAAGCAACUUGCGAUCCCCUGCACACUUACCUCUCUUUGUGUGGCUUUUCGAUCGCAGGGGAUCAAGGCAUGUCGCAGAGAGCGUACGAAACCCUUCUACGUCAGCUUGCGUGA